ACCACACUGGUGGACCUCCGGUCAAGCUACGCGGAGCCCCAUAUGUGCGUGAUUGAUAGACACGGCGUCUCUCUGCAGGUAUAAGUGCUACCACUCCGUGGUCUUUCCCAGAUAUCCUCGUUAACGUUAACUUUGUCUUCACUUCAGACGGACAGCAUGGCUAUAUCUACACUCACUCUCAACGACGGCAAUCAAGUCCCCUGGAUUGGAUUUGGCACUGGCACGGCUCUCUACCAGCAAGAUGCACAGAACACUGUCGAAACUGCAAUAACCAACGGUUUCACCCACCUUGAUGGUGCCCAGAUGUACGAGAAUGAAGAGAGCUUGGGUGCCGGCAUCAAGGCCUCCGGCACGCCGCGCUCUACACUUUUCGUCACCACUAAGCUUCAUCGACUCCAGCCCCACCAGACAGCUAAAACUGCGCUGGAGGUAUCGCUGAAGAAGCUGGGUUUAGAGUAUGUGGAUCUGUACCUCGUGCACGUGCCCGGCGACCAUGCUGGUCGACUGCAGGAGGUGUGGAGGUCAAUGGAGGAGUGCAAGAGGGAAGGACUAUCGAAGUCCAUUGGAGUGUCAAAUUUUGAAGUUGCGCAUUUUCAAGAGAUCUUGGAGGGCGCUGAGUUUACGCCUUCGGUCAACCAGAUUGAGAUUCACCCGUACGUGUGGAAGUCCUUAAAGCCUGUGAUCGCGUUGCACAAAGAACACGGCAUCCUCACUUCCUCUUAUGGUGGCCUAUCGCCCCUCUUCCGCGCACCAGGAGGGCCUCUGGGCCCCGUCAUCGAGAAAAUUCGGACGCGUCUUGAGUCUACUCGAGGACAGUCCGUGUCGGCCGGUCAGGUGCUCAAUAAGUGGUUGCAGCAGUAUGGCAUUUUGGUCAUCACCACGUCGAGCAAGGCGGAUAGGAUGAGAGAGUAUCUUGAUACAGCCAACGUUCCGGAGUUGACGGCUGAGGAAAUUGAAUUGAUUGAGAAUGCUGGGGCACAGCGUCACCAUAAAUUCUUCUCGGACUGAUAUUUAUGCAGGCAAGGAAUGGACAGCAGUAAGUAGUGUGAGAUUGGCCCUGAAGGAGCCACAUCACUGUCCCCUCAAGAGCUGCGCGACGCGGUCGAUGACCGGACCGGGGACUAAAAUGAGCAUGCGCAAUCACCUUGCAUCAC